AUGUCUAUCAGUGGCAUUCCACAGGAAACAGUCAAGGUGCUGUGGCAGGUGCACUGUGCAUCCCUUGCUCCACUGUCCUUUGGAGAGGAGAUUGUGGGCGAAAUGUGGAAAUUGUUCGCCGGAUUUUUGGCUUCGCUACCGUUGCAGUCCGCUGCGGUGUCGUCUAAUCACGCCUCCUUGACUCUUUCAUUAUUUACGUUUACCGUGGACCUUCGCAGUGAGGGUCUAACUGCGGAGAUGCGAACUGCCAUUGUGAAUCAGCCGCACAUCAUUGUGCCACUACUGGAGUUUUUUAGGGCGGUGCUGGACUACCAGCAACAAUCGGAGGGGCAUCCACGGGGAGCUGUCGGGUGCUGGCAAUUGAUUUGCUCCGUCAUUGCUGACGAUGCCUGCGCGAGGUCGUUUGAUGCCUUGGGUGCCUCUUUGCUCGGCCAGCUGGUGAGGAUUCGUGGAACCGUGGUUCGCAUGAGCCCGUCCCGGGUGGUGUGUGUCAAGAUGGCGUUUCGCUGCGGUUCAUGUGGGGGAAUUGUGGAGUGUGCAACGGAGGAUGGCAUUCUGGUGUACCCCGGGUCCUGCCGCGGCAGGUGCCGCGGGUACAAGUGGUCUCCGCUGGUGGAGCAGGGAGAGUGUGAGGAGGUCCAGGUGCUAAAGAUUCAGGAACAGGCGGACGUCUACGACGGGUCUGCGGGGGGUGGAAGUAUUCACAAAAUGAUGACGGUGGAGUUGCGUGGCGUCUGGAUUGACGCCGCGACGGUGGGUGAGGCCGUUGUCGUGUGUGGCGUUCUCGCAGCUAGGCGUGGUGAGGGACGCGGUGACGCCACACAACAAAUAGCCGUGCGGGCGUACUCAAUAGAGGGAAGCCGGCAUGACACUGAGAGAGGGGUGUCGCUGUCAAUGAACUCAUUAGAGGAAAGUGCACAGUUCUACGAGAUGGUGCGGCAUCCGCAGUGGUUUGCGCGUCUGUGUGCCUCUCUUGCGCCGUCCAUUUUUGGGCUACAACACGUAAAGGAGGCCAUUGUUUUGGCAGUGGUGGGAGGCACGGCACACAAGAUGCGUACACGCAGCAACAUUCACCUACUCAUGGUGGGUGAUCCGGGUCUUGGGAAGUCGCAGCUGCUGCGUUCUGCCUGCACCAUUGCAGCCCGUAGUGCCUUCGUCUGCGCUCACACGUCGUCCUCCUGCGGUCUGACACUCACGCUCACGAGAGAUCCAACCACAGGGGAAACGUCGUUCGAGGCGGGGGCGGUUGUGCAUGGCGACGGAGGAAUUACCUGCAUAGACGAAAUUGACAAGGGUGUGACAGAGCACAGGGCACUUCUUGAAGUGAUGGAGCAGGAGACAGUCUCCAUGGCGAAGGCAGGGAUGGUGUUCUCGGUUCCAGUGCGUACAGCCAUUCUCGCCGCGGGUAAUCCUGCAGGUGGCCGAUUCGAUGACUCAAAGGCAGUGACGGCGAAUCUGAACCUUUCCCCCGCGCUCCUCAGCCGCUUUGACAUUGUUGUCUGCCUCCGCGACCCACACACGGAAUGCACCAAUUCCCUCUCAGAGCACGUCCUGCGGUUGCACCGUCGACACGACGAGGCUGGGGCACGUCACGCAGGAGGCGCAGGGGGAGGGAUGUCGCUUCCCGUCGAGUUGGUGCAGCGUUUUGUGGCCUUCUGCCGUCAUCACUGUCACCCGUCCCUCCGCGAGGAGGCGAGCGAGGUCCUGAAGUCACACUACCUGACGAGGCGUGCAGAGACGAGGGACGAUGAGUUGCCUGUCACGCCGCGGUUCUUGCAGGCCCUAAUUCGCGUGGCAGAGGCGCGUGCCAAGGUUGAACUUCGUCACGAGGUAACGGCCGAUGAUGCGCAGUACGCCGUGGGGCUGUUGCGGCAAUGCUCUGGGAGUCUGCGCGGCACCCCCCGCACUUCUUUCUUUCGCCCUGCCACCGCCAAAAAGAUGAGCCAGCGGGAUCUAAUUCUAAACACUCUUAAGGCGGAGGUUUGCCGUACGGGUGUUAAUGCCUUUCCUCACCGCGUUGUCCUUGCCGCCUGUGAGGAGGCCGGCUGUCGCAAUGCAAAUGCCAUGCUGCACCAGCUGAACGAGGUGGGAGUCAUCCUGCAAAUUGGGGAUAAGUACCAGCUGCGUGGAGUGUAG